GUUCGGUCUCUCUGUCGGCUUCGGCAAACUCGUUCGUAAAGUGAGCUUACUGAUUACGGGCGAUCCAACGACGAUCAACGUUUGAGGCAAGGAGGUAUUCGGAAGGAUAUUGCAUACAAGAUGUUGUUUUCCAAGCGAAGUCUGCGGAGGAUCGCCCGGCACGAUGAGCCGGAAUUUAGCAAUGCCAGUAUCUUGAACAGCAUGGAGAAGUUCGUGCGCACCGUGAGCGAGAUGGAGGACACCAUCCUGGUGCCUAGCCGUUUGCUGGAUCUGUCCGUGGGUGAUGCGGGCGAUACGAUCUGCAUGAAAGGCAAACGCGGCUGCACGGUGAAGGACACUCUGGCCAACACCGAUCUGUACCGUCUCUACAACAUCAUUAACCAGAUGAAGAUCGAGUUAUUGUGGUCGCAGGAGCCUACGCGAGGCACCGUGGCGGACGAUCAGACGCCGAUUAAGAGUCAUCCAAUUGGUAGCCCGUCUGCUGAACUGACGCACCAUCAGGCUAUAACCAGUGGCAGACUCGGCCACGUGCGUUGUCCCAGCACCACAUCUAUGCAGAGCGUACAAAGCGCAUCCUCGAUCGCCUGGACCUCCGACUCGGACUCUGAGAACGGCAUUGAGAUUGACAGCGGUCUAGAAGGUGAAGAAUGCGUAGUCGAUCUGGCAAGCAUCGCCGCUGAAAACUUUAAGCGUCAUCUGCGCGGUCUUCACAGCAGCAUCGCCCGUAUGACAGAGGCAGCUGAGUAUCUGACGUUGCGAUACCAAGCCGAUGUAGGCGGGCAGGUCUGAUUCUCCGCCGGUAUCAUUAUCAUCGCCAUUGUUGUCGUCAUCGUCGCCGCCCGUGCGUCACUGAUUGUCAUCACGUUAGUUGGCAUUGCGAACAAAUAUCACGUCGUCACUUUGUAAUCGAUCUCAUGGACAUUUCCGCGAUUUUCGAUUUCCCGAGAUUGAGAACAGAAUUUCAGGAAACGCCGAUGAUGAAUCGCAAAAGAUUUUCUAGCAUUGAACUAAUCCAUAUCAAUUUGUUAUUUUAUCGUAUAAUUUACUGUGUUAAAAUACGCUGUUCACGCUAGUUUAUGUGAAUGAUAAAGAUACGUUUC